AUGUCCCGGCGCUCGCGUGCGGAUUCCCCUUCGGGCGCGCGCUCUCCCCCUAGCGAGCCUUGUGCGGCCAGCCGUUCCAACGGCCCUGGGGAUGCCACGCCAGUCGCGCCGGUUCAUGUAGACCGGGUAUGUUGCGUUUGCCUCGAGGACCUCGACCCCACCGUCCAAUCUGGUGGCCUCACAGUGGUACCUUUCCCGACCUGUGCUGCACACUGUUUGCACCUGGUUUGUUUGGCCCAGUUCCGCAGCCAGGCUUCGGGUCCAGGGGACCUCCUUUGCCCAUUGUGCCGCCAUGGCCGUUGCCCCGGGUGCGAUCCUCAGGGUUGGUCCGGGACCCAUGACGCUGCGUUGCGGGACGCGUGCGCGGGGCACGGCAUCGAACUCCCGCAACGUGCGUCUGGCGAGUCCACUGUGCGAGCCGCGCAGCCGGAUUAUGCACUCCGCACUUUCACGGCUCACGAUGCCCCGGAACCGCCGCCCCCUCCGAGCGUGCGGCUUCUUUGUUGCCAUCGUGUUGUCCCCACACGGUCGACGAGCGGCCAGCUCACGUUCCAACCUUUGCCCGACCGCGAUAUGGACUGGGCCCCAGUCGCCGUUCGCCAUGACCACGGCAUAGCUGCAUGGCGGCCCGGCUGGUUGUGUCCUUCGUGCGGGCGUGCCCAAGACCUCCAUGAUCUGCAGGUGCCGGAUGUUGCGGGCGAGCCGUGUGGUCUGUGCGAGGGGCGCGUGGAGUGGGUGUGUGACCUUGCGACCGGCACAUCCCGGCUCCAGUGCCCAGAGGGUUGCGCGCAGCCCUCGCUGCACCCUCAACGGGCCGAUCCGCCAGCGAGGGCCCUUCUCGCCGCAGGUACUUCCUGUGAUCCCGCUGAAGCUGGCCUGCCACCGCCGCCGCUACGCCCGCCCCCUUGGUCUGCAUCGGGCCCGCCGCGUGAUUGCAGUGCCUCGGCCACCAAUUCGUGGCUCUACGUGCCUCUCCUGCAUGCGGCCGUCGGUGGCAUGCCCGAGCCGACGUUGGAGGCCUGGCGUGAGGAGCCGAGAAGCGCACGUUGGUGGGAGGAUGCCCGCCGCGCCCUCGCGACCUCCGCCCCAGUCCUCGUCGGCACUCUUUCGGAGGCGUUCAUAACGGCGACCGCUGCUGCAGGCCAGCCGCUGCCCCAAGCCAUGCUUCGGGAGGCCGCCGCUCUGCCCGCUAGUGCCUUGGUGCACUUGGGCUGGGUUGUGCGCCGACUGGCGGAGCCUGAUGGGUAUAUCCCCGCAGCGUGCCAGGAGGUUUGCCUGCACUUGUAUGGUGGCUCAGGCUUCGCUGCCGACCUCGACCGCGCUUCUGACGCCUUCCGGCUGGAGCCCGCGCCGUUGCAUGCCGGACCCGUCGCUGGCGCUCGCCCCGAACCCACGCACGGUCACCGUGAUGACGCUCCUUUAGGGGAGCCUCGCGCCGAGGCGCAACCCCCCGUCGAGGCCGCAGAUGGCGAGUGCGCGCCUGCCGAGGACGCCCGGUCUGCCGCCCCUGAUGCCGCUCUGGCUGCCGCUGCUUCCAGCGCGCGCCGGGCUGCUGGGCGAGCAGGGGGCCGCGGGAGGCGAGGACGCGGCCGCGGACGCACGGCGCCCGAUCCGCCGCAGAGCCACGAAUCUCCGGGCGUGGUCAGGGCCGCCGAGGAACCCCGUGCGGCCGUGCCUACGCGCACUGACCGCGCCGAAGCAGGCCUGCGGGCCGGCUUCAGGCAGCUAGAGGCCGUGGACCUCGCUUGGGAGCUCGGCGAACGCGUCGCUACGCUGCAGUCCGCGCCCCCUCAGCUGCGCGGCGUUUUGCGCAUGGCCUUGCGCGCGGGUCUGGAACGCGCGUUGCGGCCCAGCAGUGCGGUCGAGGAGCUCUGUGGUUGGAAACUUUUCUUCCUGGCACCCCGCAUGCUGCUGCACCGCGCAUUUGGGGAAGUGCGGGUCGAGCCCCGGGAGCUGACCCAGCGCUGCACCCGCUUCCAGCAAGGAGACUGGGCAAGCCUGCUGGCUGCGGCGCGCGACGCUGGGACCCCCUCGAGCGCGCCCCAACACGCUCGCAACAGGGACGAGGCUGAAGCGCGCGCCGCGCGGUCCCUGCACCUGGUCCGACUCGGCGAGCUGUCGGCGGCCAGCCGCGCGCUCACAGCGGAGCCGCUCGCCCCAGGAUCAGCGGAGACGCUGGCGGAGUUGCGUGACCCGGAACGCCGGCCCCCUGAGCGACAGGUCCCGCUGAGCCAGGCGGUCUUGGAUCAUGUCAAUGCAGACCCGUGCCCGCUGCCCGCGGAUUCCUUUUUGGCGUGCCUCAGAAAUGCCCGCCGAGGCGCGGCUGCUGGCCCGUCCGGUACCACAAACGAGCACCUCCGCCUGCUCCUUGACGACCCUGCUGAGUGGGCGCUGCUUCGCGAAGCGGCAGAGCGCCUGGCCAAUGCCAACAUCCCCGCCCCGGUCCUUGAGGCAGUCCGCCUGGGCCGGAUGGUGGCCCUACGCAAACCGAACGGACGGGUGCGUGCGCUGGUCGUUGGCGAUGUUUUCCGGCGGUUGGUCGCGCGCGCCCUGGCGCAACAGUUUAGCGAGGCCUUCCAAUCGGCAUGCCUCCCGUUCCAGUAUGGGCUUGGCAUGCGGGCUGGGACGGAAGCGCUUUCAAAGGUGUUGCGGGUUGCCACGGAGCUGGACCCCAGGGCGACGGUCCUGUCCGUCGAUGCUGUCGGGGCCAAUGAUCACGUCUCCCGCCAGGCCAUGCUAGAGGGCCUACGCUCCCGGCCUGAGCUCGCUCCGCUCCUGCCCUUCGCCAGGCAAUUUUAUGGCUCUGAAAGUCGCUACAUCUGGGUUGACGACGCGGGAAACAACCACAUCAUCACGCAGGGCGAGGGAGGCGAGCAGGGGGACCCGCUCAUGCCGGCCCUGUAUUCCCUCGCGCAGCACGGCGCGCUGGAGGCGUUCGCUCGUCAGAUGCAGCCCGGAGAAGCCGUCCUGGCCUUCCUUGACGACACAUAUGUCGUUUCUAAUCCGGAGCGCACCCGGCCGGCGCGCGACGCCCUGUCAGCUGCCCUGUGGCACCAUGCCCGGGUGCGCUUAAACGAGGGCAAGACGCGAAUCUGGAACGCAGCCGGGGAGGAGCCACCGGGCAUCGCUGACCUGCAGCCUCCCGAUGCAGAUCCCCUUUGGACUGGCUCGUGGUCCUUGCCCAGGGAACGCCAGGGGAUUGUAGUGCUUGGAGCUCCGCUUGGCAGUGAUGAGUUUGUCCGCUGCCAACUGCAGGCCAAGCGUCAAGCCCACGACCGGUUGCUGGAAUGCAUCCCCGGCUUGGGUGACCUGCAAGCUGCGUGGCUGCUCCUACACUUCUGCGCUGCGACUCGGGCCAACUUCCUCCUGCGCAUGUUGCCCCCCGUCUCUACGGCCGAGUUCGCCGAGGCCCAUGACGCGGCAGUCACCCGCUGCCUCGGGCGACUCCUGUAUGGCGACGAAGGCGCGCCCAUCCCCCCCGCGGCCUGGCGUGUGCUGCAUUUGCCCCUGCGCUUCGGCGGCCUGGGCCUGCGUUCCGCUGCUGAGGCUGCCCAGAGCGCCUGGUGGGCGUCUUGGUUCGACUCGCUGCCCGCCAUCCGCGUCCGCGCUCCGGACGUCGCGGAGCGCCUCGUGCAAGGGCUUGAGGCGCAAGGUGGUAGCGAGCCACCUUCGCUUGUGUCAGCCCGCACUGCGGCAGCGCUCUUGCGCGGACGCGGCUUCGAGGUGCCGCCGUGGCACUCCUUCUCGCCCGUCCCCCCGGGCGAUGGCGAACGUGACGACCCCUUGCGGGGGUGGCAAAGGCGUGCGGCCAUGGUAUGUGAUGAGCGCGCGCUCGAGAUGCACCUUUCAGACCUUGACACCGCAUCUCGUGCGCUGCUGCUGUCGCAGGCCGGGCCGCAUGCCGGGCGUGCCCUCACAGUAAGGCCGACUGCCACGGAGCUCCUCAUCCCGCCGGCCCAGUUCCGGGUGCUGCUCCUACGCCGCCUGCGGCUCCCGCUGCAGCUGGCGCCGCGCACCUGCAGCUGCCACGGCCAUUUGGAUGCCUUGGGGGACCACCGGUCGGCGUGCGCCACCUCCGGUGUCCUGGCCCCUCGUGCAUUGCCGCUUGAGCGCGCGGUUGCCCGUGUGUGCCGGGAAGCGGGAGGGCGGGUGUGCCACAACGUGCGCCUGGCAGAUAUGAAUGUCGAUGUGCCCAUCGCGGACGCACGUCGCAUUGAGGUUGUGGCCAACGGCUUGUCGCUGUGGAACGGAGCGCAGCUCGCCGUUGACGCCACCAUCGUCAGCCCCGUCACCCGCAGGGGGGAGGCGCAGCCGGGCGCUGAUGUUCGCCCCGGCCAGGCCGUCGACGCCGCGGCGCGCCGUAAGCGACAGCAGACGUACCCCGAGCUGGCGCGCGCCCGGCGCUGCCGCUUGGUGGUCGUCGGGGUCGAGGUAGGUGGCCGCUUUGGUGCCGAGGCCGCCCGCUUCCUCCGCCUUCUGGCCCGGCACCGGGCCGACGGUGUCCCCGCUGCACUCAGACCGGCGGCGCAAGCGGCGUGGGUCGCGCGCUGGGCUGGGUUCUUGGCGGUGGCGGCGCAGCGCGCGUAUGCCAGCUCCCUUCUUGAGCUGCCGCUGGCCGGGGAGUGCUGCGUCGGCGGAACGACGCCAGACCUGCACGAAGUCCUGGCCGAUGCACGCUGGCUGGCGCCCCCGCAACCCAGCCGCCUGCCGCUGCCCCAGCACUAG